AUGCGCCGGGCCCCUGCUGUUGUGCAGCUGCAGUCGGUGUGGCAGCGGCGCAUGUACCGCACGCCGUUGGGCGGCCAGUACUUUGAGGAGACGCUGCCGUCCUCACUGGGUGCCACUCGCGCAAAGGGGGGCAUCAGCACCGCCCACAUAGCAACAGGGCGACAACGGCCGAAGCGGCGGGCAAAACAAAAGCUCAGCGUCCCUCUCACCGUGGAGGGACUCAAGGCGCAGUUGCGACAGCUCACCAAGGACACCACAGUGUACUCACAGCGUCGAGGAAAUGAAGGUGACGUGCGCAUUGCAGAGGUGCCGCGUGCGGAUGAAAGCCGACGCAGUAUCCAACAGCAGGCGUUGCGUGGUGAGGAGGAGGAGGAUGAGAAACCAACUGUUGUCGCCACCGAGAGGUCACCAACUGUCUUUGUGGACGAAGUUGUCGUUGCGGAGAAUGGGGAUGAUGAUGACGAUGCAAAGGACAUGGUGCUGCCCGGGAGCAGCGUGUUGGGAAGCGACUUGGACCGAGUGGAGCGAGAGGUGAUGCGCGCCUACCACCAGCGCGCGAAGGAGCUACCGAAGUUCGACAACGUGUACGCAGCAUUUGGCGGUGGGAGACGUGGCAAUGCGUCGUACCACGUUGGUGCGGAGGAGUACCGCCGACGCAUGGCGAAGGGUGAGCUCGCAACAACACUGAGAGCAACGAGGACACCAACUAGAUGCAGUCUCAACGUUCGCUGUGGCUCGCUCCAACAACAUCAGUUGGGAGUGGCGGACGAAGAGGAGGCGAUGGUCGUGCAUCCAGCAGAGGCGAAUCCACACUUCCCUCUCGAGUGCAAUGGCACUACGACAACUACUACUGUCGCACACGGUGAUGAUGUGCAGCGGGCGGUGCAACCUACACCGCCGCUACCUCCGCCAACGUAUGAUGCGUACAACCAGCGCCCGUCGGACGACCGCCUCCUGGAGCUGCGCGGCCCCGACUUCUGGGGCGACGCCGACAACCGCCACCGGCUGCGGCAGCUGACCGACUACGAGGCGGAGGGCCACGCGCACGAGAUGCUGGCGGAGGGGGCGAUGGACACCAGCGAGGUCGGCUACUCCGCAAACAAGGUGCGCAAAGAGACACUGCUGUACUUCCAGGCGCACCCUAUCAACGAGAUGAUUCAGGAGCCGUUCGUGCGUGUGCGCAGCAUUGUGCCCGUCGGCGGCGGGGCGGAGGUGCAGCUCCCAGCUGGCGACGACGACACGGAUGUCGACAUUCCCGUUUCGCAGGCGCGUCGCAUGGCGCGCGAGCUCGGGCUUGACCUCAUCCGCGUUGGAGCAAUCCACACAGAGAAAAGCGACAGGCGUGUUGUGGCGCUCUGCACUAUCGCUGACCACCGCGAGCACAUGCGGGACAUGCUGCGCUUCAAGAUGCAAAAGUUGGGUGUACAGCCACCUCCAACAAAGGAGUGCGUCGAGGUGCCCUUCCGUGGCGGGACACACCCGCACGCGAUCCGGUUCAAAAGCAUCGGCGUCGCGAAGCAUCUGCUGCGCGGGCACGCGGUGCGCCUUAACCUGACUGACUUUGGUACGCCGAGGGAGGCGUUCCCAGUGUUUCGAAGCAUCCUCGACGAGGUGGCGCGGCAGGCGCUGCAGCUGCGGGCGUACCACACCGCCGGUGCGGUGCGGUCUAGCUACAAUGAGGUAUACUGCUACCUGUACCCAUCGACAGGGCGUUCACCUAAGACAAGCGUCGUGCAUCCGAAGCAGGAGCAGCUCGAGGCGGCGCGUGACCGCCGCAUCCUUGAGGACGAGCGGGAGGUGUACUUCGACGACUUGAACAGCAAGAAAACAGCCCGCGAACGGCUGGCGUACAUGCAGAAGCUUGAAAAGGGCACCGCAUGGGCUGACAAGGACGACGGCCUCUCGCUGCAGCGCCAGCGUGACAUGAAGGUGAUGCUUGGCUACCUGCCAAAGGGCAACCGGGAACUUUAUGCGGCGCGUGGCGAUGUUGACAUCUCCGCCCCGUUUCGCGCUAGCCACCCAACGUCCGCUGAGCGGUGGACGCACCCACCCGAGACAAACUUGGAGCAAGCGAGUCGUGGGGCGGCGGUGCUCGGCAAGCGUCUUGCCAUGACGGUGAGCGAGAUGCAUGACCGGCAGGAUACUGCGGACAGUCCGACGACACUGGACCGCUUCUACUACCGUCUACAGGGUCCAGCGCUGGAGGCUGGCGAACUGAAGGAGGCACUCGGCCUGAAGCGCAACCGCAAGGCUGUGCCGCGACACGCCCCCGGCUGGGCCACCCUCGGGAUGACGAAGAACCCACCAGAAGAGCCGGGUUACGCGGUGAAAUAG